AUGACUUUAAAAUUAUAUAUUAUGCUUAACGCACUCGCUUGCAUACAAGGCCUACCUAAUAAAACUUGCGAUCGCGUUAAAAUUCAAGACCGGUGGUAUGAGAUGGAGAUCAUCUGGGCAAAUUUCGGCAGACCCUUCAACCUUUACGCGCAUAAAACGACGAACACUGUGUUCUUUAGCUAUACAGUGCCUGAAACAUAUUCCGAUGUUGAUUUCCAAUUAGCUUUCAUAGAUAUGGAUACAAAAGAGUUCCAAAAUAUAGCGGGGAUUAGAGGGGGGUGUUCCGUGGCGAUAGAUCACGUUAAUGAAGACAUUUAUUUAGGUGGAAGUGAUGGAAUUUACAAAUACAAUAUGAUGACCAAAUUAGCAGACUUCUAUAAAGAAGCUGGAAAAAAUAUCUGGGCACUGUUUUUUAGAAGAAACUUAUUCUACAUUAGUUAUCCAGAUCAAAAAUUGCAUAUAGAAAUAGACGGAAAAUUUGCAAUAGUCAAAGAAUUUGAAAGUUUUGAAGUUGAUCAAUUUCAUGUGACAACUGACAGUGAGGACAUAUACUUCGCCAAUAAAACGGGAUUCUACAAAUAUGAUAAUGCUAGACUGAAAGUUAAUGUUAUUAAUGAUGUGAUUACAGUGAGACAGAUAGCUGAAGACAACGAUGGAGAUCUGUACGUAUGUACAAAUUUAGGGGUUUUUAUUGACUUGAAAAAUGAAGGAUUUAAAAAGGUGUUAGAUUUUAAAAACAUCUACAGUUUGACGUUCGAUAAGGACAACAACGUCAUUAUUUCUGAUGAGAAAAGAAUAAUUAAACUGAUACACACUAUGACUGGUUGUCCUGAUACUCGUAAUGUUGACUUACACUGA